AUGGUCACAGAUAAUGAGACAACGACGCGGCGCAGCUGUGUAUCAAUCAAGAUGUCAGGUGUUAAAGAAAAGUUACGUGUGAAAGUCGCGCUCUUUCACAAACAGACGGCCGUGCUCGAACGUGCCGCGUUCCAGUUUCCAGCGGGGACUGUCUACUACACGGGUGUCAACUUGGGGCGAGGGUCUGCUAUAUUUAGGCCUCUCGAGCGGAGCAACGGGACGGUUAAGGGCAAC